AUGCCGCGGCACCGUGCGGAUGCUGGUACAACCCCGUGCGCCUGCGGAGACAACACCAGAAGUCAUUUUUUGGACCAGACCGUCGCCUCGGGGCCUUUUCUCCUGGCCUGUGGAUGCAAGGACUGUCUUUUAGUUCUAGAAAUUGGGUUCUCGGGUGUUGUUGUGCGUACGCAGUCUCACCAGGAUGGUUUAAGAACUUCGCACCAGGCAGGCGUCUGGUUCCCCGGCAAGGCUGCGGAGCUGCGCGCCGACGUAGAUUCCAUGCUGGACGCCGCGUUUGCAGCAUCGGGCACAGUCAAGGCCCUUGUCGUUCCUCAUGCGGCGUACACCUAUUCGGGUCAGGUUGCUGCAGCGGCGUUCAAGCAGAUGCAGUCGCUUCAAAGGACGCUGCUCUGGGGGCUAGGGUCACUUGAGGCUUGCGGGACGGGCCUCAUGGUGCCUCCUCAGGAAUACAGUGGAUACGGAAGUCCAAUCGAUUCGGUCCCCAUUGACACGGAAGCGCUGAACGCGUUGCUCCACACCGGGUGGUAUGACAUAGCUCCGUUUGCCCUUGAGAAGGCAGAGCAUUCGGUCGCUGUGCAGAUCCCUUUUCUCAGAAGAGUAUUGCCAGAAGGCGCUCUUCUGUUACCCAUCUACGUAGGGUCACUCAUCGACGAGGAGCUCCCCAGUCUUGGUCUUGAGAACCACAUGAAGAAAACGCGCAACCAAAUUUGCGGCUAUGAUGCUUUGCGCUUAUUUUUGACUUCGAACAAGAUUGUCAACCCCAAUGAUAGCACUGUUGGGUAUGCGGCGAUUGGAUUCUUUUCUUCUAAUUAG